AUGGUGUUUUGUUUUGUGGUGGGUAAUAAGAUUGAGAACGCCUUUGAAGUUGAAGGCGACAGCAACAUAUCCGUUUCGGAAUUCAGACGUUUAAUCUACGAUCAGAAUAAGAACGAUUUUGAAAGCCAACGUAUUGAUGCCAACAAGUUGUCUCUAUGGAAGGUGGAUUUACCUUUAGGAGAUGAUAGACUGAAAAAACUUGAAAACAGAUCUCGUGAUAGAGAUAAAGAAAAUACUACUAUAAAAAAUGAACUCGAUGGUGAUAAUUUGUUACCAAAUGCAUAUCUUGGCGAAAUCUUCUCGGGUGGCUCCAAUAACAACCAAGCCAUAAAGAAGAAACUAAUAGAGGCCCAAAAAAAAGAUAAGAUGAUGAUCAAACACCUUAUCGAUGUCUUAUCUUCUAUCGACACAAAUCAACAAGUGUUCCAUGUACCACCAUUGCCAGGAGAAGUCAGUACAAUGGAGAUAUAUAAUCGGGGAUGCUACGACUAUUUUCGUAAAUUUAUACUCAAUAAUAAAUCCCACAAUCGGUUUUUAAUCACCGGAAAUCCGGGCAUCGGCAAGACAUAUUUUGGGAGAUUAAUGUUAGUUGAGCUUCUUCAAAGUAAAAAACCAGUUCUUAUCGACUGUAAAGAUUGCACGCUAUAUAUUGACCCUCAAGGUGUAUCUUUCAAAGUGAAUAGUGAGGAGUACAAACUUCUUGCAAAAAAUGAGACUUGGUGCAUAAUUGAUGGAAAAAAGCCCCAAGUAAGUCAUGAUUGGACUGAAGGGAAGUUUAUAAUGGUAUCUUCGCCUAAAAGAGAGAUCAUUGCUGAUUUUGACAAACCAAGGUGUGAAACACUAUAUAUGCCAACUUGGAAUGAGGAUGAGUUACUUAAAUGUUGGGAUAAUCUAUAUGUAAACAAAAUUACUAAAGAAGAAAUCAAAACAAAGUUUGACUUAUGUGGUGGGAUCCCAAGAUGGAUUUUUGAUAGUAAGAUGAGCUGUGAAAAAAUUCGUAAUAUGAUUGUUUCUGCAUCUGCAUCUCAAUCAAUUGAUUCAUGUAUUAUAGAUUCUCAAGCCAAACUCUUCUUUGGUCAUGAAUUUUCUCACAAGAUAAUUCAAAUACACACCAAUCUCGAGGACACGGAAAAUCCAUAUACUGAUUCCAUCUGCCUUUUCGCAUCAAAAUUUGCGGGAAAUAAAUGUUUAGAUCAAUUAAAAAAACAUAAAAAGGAGGAACUUCGCACUUUCAUUGAGAGUGCAAGGAAUAUGAAGGAAAUGUCCGCUCUUCGUGGACAGCUAUUCGAAUUGAUUUCACAUGAAAUUCUUCGUCGGGGAGGAAAAUUUUCAGUACGCAAACUAACUACUAAGGGUACGGAACCUAAAGUAUUUGAAGAAUUUGAUUCAGAUUUAGAAGAAAAAUUUUUUUGGUCUAUUGAUGAGAUUAAAGAUGAUAUACAGAAAGGACAAAAAAAUUAUUAUCGGCCAAAUUCUGAUACGUUCGAAAGUAUUGAUAGUUAUGUUUAUCCAAAUAAGAUGUUUCAAGUUACUGUUUCUAGAAGACAUGGUGUCAAACAAGAUGGGCUAAGAGCAAUCAAGAAAGUUUUAGAUGAAGAUUCUGAUAUUAACAUUUACUUUGUUUUGCCAAAGGAUAUAUUCGAAAAUUUUAAAACAAAACAGUCUUAUGAGAAUAAGGGGGACAACAAGAGAUUUGACGCUUGGAUUAAUAAUAUAGUGCAGUAUGCACUAUGCGUAGAUCUUGAUAAGUAUUGCGGAGAAUUAUAA